AACGUCAGAGUUUCUGAGGUCUCAGAACUCUUCUGUGUCCCUGCAGGAGGAUGCUCGUGAUCUGGAUGCCUACACGUUAGCCAAGUCUUACUUUGAUCUAAAGGAAUAUGAAAGGGCUGCCUAUUUUCUACGGGGCUGCAAGAGUCAGAAAGCUUACUUCUUGUAUAUGUACUCUCGAUACCUGUCAGGGGAAAAGAAGAAGGAUGAUGAGACAGUGGAUAGUUUGGGACCUCUGGAAAAAGGACAGGUGAAAAAUGAAGCUCUAAGAGAAUUGAGAGUUGAGCUCAGCAAGAAACACAAGGCACGGGAACUGGAUGGAUUUGGCCUUUAUUUAUAUGGUGUCGUGCUGCGGAAGCUGGACCUGGUGAAAGAAGCAAUAGAUGUAUUUGUUGAAGCUGCCCAUGUCUUACCUUUGCAUUGGGGAGCCUGGCUGGAACUUUGCAACUUGAUUACAGAUAAGGAGAUGUUGAAGUUCCUGUCCUUGCCAGAUACAUGGAUGAAAGAGUUCUUUCUUGCACACAUUUACACAGAGCUGCAGUUGAUAGAGGAGGCUCUGCAGAAGUAUCAGUGUCUCAUUGAUGCAGGAUUUUCCAAAAGCACUUACAUCAUCUCUCAGAUUGCAGUUGCCUACCACAAUAUCCGAGAUAUUGACAAAGCUUUAUCCAUCUUUAACGAGCUAAGGAAACAAGAUCCUUACAGGAUAGAAAACAUGGACACUUUCUCCAACUUGCUAUACGUAAGGAGCAUGAAGCCUGAGUUGAGCUACCUGGCUCACAAUCUCUGUGAGAUAGACAAGUAUCGUGUUGAGACCUGCUGUGUAAUUGGGAAUUAUUAUAGCUUGCGUUCCCAGCAUGAAAAAGCGGCGCUCUAUUUCCAGAGGGCCUUGAAACUGAAUCCUCGUUACCUGGGAGCCUGGACACUCAUGGGACAUGAGUAUAUGGAAAUGAAGAAUACAUCUGCAGCUAUCCAGGCUUAUAGACAUGCAAUAGAGGUGAACAAAAGGGACUACAGAGCAUGGUAUGGCUUGGGGCAAACCUAUGAAAUCCUCAAAAUGCCUUUUUACUGCCUCUAUUACUAUCGACGGGCCCACCAGCUCAGACCAAAUGAUUCUCGUAUGCUGGUUGCUCUAGGAGAAUGCUAUGAGAAGCUCAAUCAGUUGGUGGAAGCUAAAAAGUGCUAUUGGAGAGCUUAUGCUGUGGGAGAUGUGGAGAAAAUGGCACUGGUGAAACUAGCAAAGCUGCACGAACAGCUGAAUGAAUCUGAACAGGCAGCUCAGUGCUAUAUCAAAUACAUCCAGGAUAUCUAUUCCUGUGGGGAGAUAGUGGAGCACCUGGAGGUCAGCACUGCCUUCCGUUACCUAGCCCAGUACUACUUCAAGUGUAAGCUCUGGGAUGAAGCCUCAGCGUGUGCUCAGAAAUGCUGUGCAUUCAAUGAUACUAGAGAAGAAGGAAAGGCCCUGCUGCGGCAGAUCUUACAGCUUCGCAACCAAGGAGAAACAUCAUCCACAGAUAUUGCCGCUCCCUUUUUUCUCCCUGCAUCAUUGUCUGCCAACAACACUCCCACGCGUCGUGUCUCCCCGCUCAAUCUGUCUUCUGUAACACCAUGAACAAUGCUGAUACUUCUAACCGGUGCAUUGAUUGUGACAUUGCAGAUGGGGCUUGCAACCACUUAUUUCUUUCCAGUGAAAUUUCUACAUUAAUUGUUGCCUUCACUUGAAGGGUAGGAGUUACUAGAGCCCACAGCUGAAGACGGAUGUGCCUCAACAGGCAAAGGUGCAGCCUACAUGAAAGUGCCUAUGCUGAGAUGUGAGAACCUGCUGUACUUCUUACCAAGUCAUUCCAUGCAGAGGGCAGAUGUGUUCCAGAAUACAGGACUACUCCAAAUGAGGGAUUUGGAAGAGCUUG